CUCCGCGCCGCAGCCCCCGCUGUAGCCGCCUCCAAGCCCGCCGCCACCGCCUCUGAGCAGAAGAUGGCUGUGCCACCCACGUAUGCCGAUCUUGGCAAAUCUGCCAGGGAUGUCUUCACCAAGGGCUAUGGAUUUGGCUUAAUAAAGCUUGAUUUGAAAACAAAAUCUGAGAAUGGAUUGGAAUUUACAAGCUCAGGCUCAGCCAACACUGAGACCACCAAAGUAACGGGCAGUCUGGAAACCAAGUACAGAUGGACUGAGUACGGCCUGACGUUUACAGAGAAAUGGAACACCGACAAUACACUAGGCACCGAGAUUACUGUGGAAGAUCAGCUUGCACGUGGACUGAAGCUGACCUUCGAUUCAUCCUUCUCACCUAACACUGGGAAAAAAAAUGCUAAAAUCAAGACAGGGUACAAGCGGGAGCACAUUAACCUGGGCUGUGACAUGGAUUUCGACAUUGCUGGACCUUCCAUCCGGGGUGCUCUAGUGCUGGGUUACGAGGGCUGGCUGGCGGGUUACCAGAUGAAUUUUGAGACUGCAAAAUCCCGAGUGACCCAGAGCAACUUUGCAGUUGGCUACAAGACUGAUGAAUUCCAGCUUCACACUAAUGUGAAUGACGGGACAGAGUUUGGUGGCUCCAUUUACCAGAAAGUGAACAAGAAGUUGGAGACCGCUGUCAAUCUCGCCUGGACAGCAGGAAACAGUAACACGCGCUUCGGAAUAGCAGCCAAGUAUCAGAUUGACCCUGACGCCUGCUUCUCGGCUAAAGUGAACAACUCCAGCCUGAUAGGUUUAGGAUACACUCAGACUCUAAAGCCAGGUAUCAAACUGACACUGUCAGCUCUUCUGGAUGGCAAGAACGUCAAUGCUGGUGGCCACAAGCUUGGUCUAGGACUGGAAUUUCAAGCAUAAAUGAAUACUGUACAAUUGUUUAAUUUUAAACUAUUUUGCAGCAUAGCUACCUUCAGAAUUUAGUGUAUCUUAAUGUUGUAUGUCUGGGAUGCAAGUAUUGCUAAAUAUGUUAGCUCUCCAGGUUAAAGAUGAUUCAGCUUUAAGAUGUUACCCUUCCAGAGGUACAGAAGAAACCCAUUUCCAGAAAAGGUCCUUUCCGUGGUAGACUCGGGGGGAGCUUGGUGGCCCCUUUGAGAUGCCAGGUUUCUUUUUUAUCUAAAAUGGCUGCAAGUGGAAGCUGAUAGUAUGUAGGCACUUUGUAAAUUCAUAUUGAGUAAAUGAAUGAAAUUGUGAUUUCCUGAGAAUCGAACCUUGGUUUCCUAACCCUAAUUGAUGAGAGGCUUGCUGCUUGAUGGUGUGUACAAACUCACCGGAAUGGGACUUUUUUGGACAGAUCUUCAUGACCUGUUCCCACCCCAGUUCAUCAUCACCUCUUUUACACCAAAAGGUCUGCAGGAUGUGGUCACUGUUUCUUUUGUGCCAUUUUGGGGUGGAGAAGGUAGAUGUGAUGAAGCCAAUAAUUCAGGACUUAUUCCUUCUUGUGUUGUGUUUUUUUUGCCCUUGCACCAGAGUAUGAAAUAGCUUCCAGGAGCUCCAGCUAUAAGCUUGGAAGUGUCUGUGUGAUCGUAAUCACAUGGUGACAACACUCAGAAUCUAAAUUGGACUUCUGUUGUAUUCUCACCACUCAAUUUGUUUUUUAGCAGUUUAAUGGGUACAUUUUAGAGUCUUCCAUUUUGUGUGGAAUUAGAUCCUCCCCUUCAAAUGCUGUAAUUAACAUCACUUAAAAAAACUUGAAUAAAAUAUUGAAACCUCAAAAAAAAAAAAAAAAAAAAAAAAAAAAAAAAA